AGUGAGGUUAGGUUUUAUUGUUGAUCAAAAAGUUGCUGCAUCUUUUGAUAAAUAAUAUAAGGGUCGAGCUGACACUGGCUGAAGAGAAUAAAUAAAUUUUCCAGAUAUUUUGGUGUAAAUACGGCCACAGUCAACAUGCCGCUUAUUGCAGAACUGGCAAACGAAGGCGAAACGAGCGAUAGUUCCAAAACAUUUGUAUUCGAAAACGAAGGACACACUUUGGGCAAUGUACUGAAAUCGAUUAUCGGCCGUUAUCCAGAAGUAGAAUUUUGCGGCUAUACUGUUCCACAUCCCGCCGAACCAACGAUGCAUUUACGUAUUCAAGUGUCUAAAAACAGCAGGGCAGCCGACGAUCCAUCACAAAGUGUUAAAGCAAUCGAUGUGUUAGUUCGUGGAUUGAAGGAUCUAGUCGCCGUUUGUGAUCACACAGAACUGAAAUUUAACGAUGCCAUUCAGUUGUUUGACAAAACAUCGAAAUCGACGACUGUGUAACUGGAACAAUUUCUUUUAGAAUAAAUGGUGCCACUUGUUUUUCUUUAAAUUUA